UGUUUUCCUCCCUGCAAGCUCAGCAGAAAAGGCCAAUUGGCUGGAGCCAGGAGGCAGCUGCGGAACCGAAGGGGCAGAGCCGAGGAAGGUCUCCGCCGCGUCCGCCCACUGGGGGCGUUGCUGGGCGGGCUGGGUCCGCGUCGCGCUUUCGCUUCGCCAGCUGGACGAUUCCUGGAAGGCGGCGGCGAAAGGGCGAACGCGGCUGGCGCAAGUAUGGCACGUUGGCUGAGCCGGGACCCCGUGGACAUAGAGAUGGGUGCUUAUGGGAUGUUAACAGGCACCCAUGAAGUGAUACAACUAUGAAAUCAGAGUGUCCCAAGGCUCUAGAGCACUCCUUGCUGUUGGCAACUAUUGCUGCUGCUGUCAGAAAUAGCAAACUACAUGGCCAGUGACUGCCUGGAAAAAAAUAUCCUAGCACUGAACCCUCGAAGACAAACUCACGCUUCUUUGAAUUCAACUACAGCAAAGAAACAUGAGAAAAAGCACUGGAAAAGGAAUGCAGAUAAAAGCUGCCCGAACUGUGAGAAGCUGGAAAAUAAUUUUGAUGACAUCAAGCACACGACUCUUGGUGAGCGAGGAGCACUUCGAGAAGCAAUGAGGUGCUUAAAGUGUGCAGAUGCCCCCUGUCAGAAGAGCUGCCCAACUAAUCUAGACAUCAAGUCAUUUAUCACAAGUAUUGCAAACAAGAACUACUACGGAGCUGCCAGAAUGAUCUUUUCUGACAACCCGCUUGGGCUGACGUGCGGGAUGGUGUGCCCAACUUCAGACCUCUGCGUGGGUGGAUGCAAUUUAUAUGCCACCGAGGAGGGACCAAUUAAUAUUGGCGGACUGCAGCAAUUUGCUACCGAGGUAUUCAGAGCAAUGAAUAUUCCUCAGAGUAGAAGUCCAUCCUUGCCACCACCAGAAGAAAUGCCAGAAGCCUACCAUGCCAAGAUAGCUCUUCUUGGAGCAGGGCCUGCAAGCAUCAGCUGUGCCACCUUUCUGGCUCGAUUGGGCUACUCAAACAUCACCAUAUUUGAAAAGGAAGGCUAUGUUGGUGGCUUAAGUACAUCUGAAAUCCCCCAGUUCCGGCUGCCAUAUGAUGUAGUACAUUUCGAAACUGAGCUUAUGAAAGACCUCGGAGUGAAGAUAAUUUGCGGCAGAGGGCUUUCGGCAGAAGGAUUGACGCUCAGUGCCUUGAAGGAAGAUGAUUACAAAGCAAUCUUUAUUGGAAUUGGUCUACCAGAACCAAAGAGAGAAGCUGUAUUUCAAGGUCUGGGAAUGGAUCAAGGAUUUUACACAUCUAAAGACUUCCUGCCAUUGGUGGCUAUGGCAAGUAAACCAGGAAUGUGUGCCUGUCGCUCUCCAUUGCCAUCAAUACAGGGAGCAGUGAUUGUUCUUGGAGCGGGCGACACCGCUUUUGACUGUGCAACGUCAGCUUUGCGCUGUGGAGCUCGUCGCGUAUUUGUGGUGUUCAGGAAAGGAUUUACCAAUAUACGGGCUGUCCCUGAGGAGGUAGAUCUUGCAAAAGAAGAAAAAUGUGAAUUUCUCCCCUUCCUUUCCCCUCGGAAGGUUGUAGUGAAAGGAGGGAAGAUUGUUGCUAUGGAAUUUGUUCGGACAGAGCAAGAUGAAGAUGGAAACUGGAAUGAGGACCAGGAUCAGAUUGUCCGCCUGAAAGCUGAUGUGGUGAUCAGUGCCUUUGGUUCAGUCCUAAGUGACCCUAAAGUAAAAGAAGCCCUGCAUCCUCUCAAGUUCAACAGAUGGGGUCUCCCUGAAAUUGAUCAAGAGACCAUGCAAACAAGCGAGCCGUGGAUUUUUGCAGGAGGUGACGUUAGUGGACUGGCCAACACUACAGUGGAAUCAGUGAAUGACGGAAAGCAAGCUUCCUGGUUCAUGCACAAAUACUUACAGUCUUUAUAUGGUAUUGCUGUUCCUACUGUACCCCAGCUUCCUCUUUUCUACACGCCUGUGGAUUCAGUAGACAUCAGCAUAGAAGUUGCUGGACUCCGGUUCCCAAACCCCUUUGGCCUCGCCAGUGCGACUCCCACCACAAGUUCGCCAAUGAUUCGCAGAGCUUUUGAAGCCGGAUGGGGAUUUGCACUGACCAAAACCUUUUCUCUGGACAAGGACAUUGUAACAAACGUUUCUCCGAGAAUAAUACGUGGCGUUACCUCAGGCCCCAUCUAUGGUCCAGGCCAAGGCUCUUUCCUGAACAUUGAGCUCAUCAGUGAGAAAACAGCGGCCUACUGGUGUAAAAGUGUCUCUGAGCUGAAGAUGGACUUCCCUGACAAAAUUGUCAUCGCCAGUAUCAUGUGCAGCUAUAAUAAAGACGAUUGGACUGAACUUUCCAAAGUGGCUGAGGCUUCUGGAGCGGAUGCCCUGGAGUUAAAUUUAUCCUGUCCGCAUGGCAUGGGAGAGAGAGGCAUGGGCCUAGCCUGUGGGCAGGAUCCAGAGCUGGUGCGCAACAUCUGUCGCUGGGUGAGGCAAGCUGUUCGGAUUCCUUUCUUUGCCAAGCUGACCCCAAAUGUCACGGAUAUUGUGAGCAUUGCAAGGGCUUCCCAAGAAGGUGGCGCAGAUGGUGUUACAGCCACCAACACCGUGUCAGGGCUGAUGGGACUGAGAGCAGAUGGCACACCUUGGCCAGCUGUCGGGCUGGGGAAGAGGACUACCUACGGCGGAGUGUCAGGAAAUGCCAUAAGACCCAUUGCCCUUCGAGCAGUUUCUGCAAUAGCUCAUGCUCUUCCGGGGUUUCCAAUCCUGGCAACAGGAGGCAUUGACUCAGCUGAGAGUGGCUUGCAAUUUCUUCAGAGCGGUGCUUCUGUUUUGCAGGUUUGCAGUGCAAUACAGAAUCAAGAUUUUACCGUGAUUGAGGAUUACUGCACUGGGCUGAGAGCUCUGCUUUAUCUGCAAAGCAUAGAAGAAUUUCAAGACUGGGAUGGACAGAGCCCACCAACUGUAAGGCAUCAGAAGGGAAAACCUGUGCCCAAAAUCGCUGACCUGGUGGGAAAGAAACUUCCUAGUUUUGGCCCCUACCUUGAGCAGCGCAAGAAGAUAAUAGCUAAGUCCAAAGUGAACAUGAUGGAACAGAGCACCCUGGUUUCCCAGCUUGAGAGAAAACAUCUUGCUCCUAAAAAGCCCAUCCCAGCUGUGAAAGAUGUAAUUGGAAAAGCACUGCGGUAUAUUGGAACAUAUGGAGAGCUCAGUAAUACGGAGCAAGUUCUGGCUCUGAUUGAUGAGGAAAUGUGUAUCAACUGUGGCAAAUGCUACAUGACCUGUAAUGAUUCUGGCUACCAGGCUAUACAAUUUGAUCCAGAAACCCACCUGCCCACUGUUACUGACAGUUGUACAGGCUGCACUCUGUGUCUCAGUGUCUGCCCUAUUAUUGACUGCAUCCGAAUGGUUUCCAGGACAACACCUUAUGAACCAAAGAGAGGCCUGCCCUUAGCUGUGAACCCAGUGUGCUGAGGUGAUCAGACCAGCAGUUAAAGUGAACCUUACAUUUACUUGAUUCUAUUGAUUUGCUAUCUAAUUAGUACCAGCAACAACAACUAUGUUAAAAAAGAAUUGCGGGGGGACACCUAAUGAUGGGAGACUGCUAUAAUGUCAGCUGCAUUUUCCAAUUUAAAUUUAUUUUUUAUUUAGUCGUCUUCAGACCAGCAGCGGCUAGUUUAUCAAAUGUUAGCUAUCCUUGUCUCCCCACCCCCCACCCCAGAAGCAGAACUUUACUUUUUCUUUUUCUUUCUGCAAAUUCUUGUACGCUAUGAUGGCUUUGGUGAUUUCUUCCUCAUAACCCCCCACAAAAUUAGGAGAGGGGUUUCUCCCCGCUCCCACCAAAUCAGCUAAACCCCAACACGCUAGCCAACUUUGUUACCAGGGAAACAUUUGGUAAUUACACAUUUCAUUUCCUUUUAAAACUGUUUUUUAGAAGAUGUAAUUAACUGCAAAACACACAAACAAAGCAAUGCAGAUUCAAUGUGUGUGUGUGUUUUACAGGAGGAUGUAAAAAGAGGUUUAAAUGGGUAUUUCUGAACUAUUAAUCAGUUUCAACGGCUGCAGCAUAUGGCACUGUAUUACCUUAAUUCUCCCUAAAUUCUGCUUUUGACUAGGCAUUAAAAACUAAAUUUGCAAAUACAAUGCACUCUUCACCAUUCAGUGCUUUUUUCAGUAGCUUGCAUGAUUUCUUUGUUUCUGUUAAUGAAUCUCCAGAGCAUGUCUAUUAGCUAUAUUAUUUCAAAUGCAAGUGUUAGCUCAAGAAUCUGAUUUAUGGCGUCUUUCUGUUGCAUCCGUGCACUCUUUGUAAGAUGAGAUUAUUCUUGCAGUGCAAGGUGGCAAUUCCUUUUUCGCCCAUAUAGAGAGGCUCUCUGCAACUUUUGCCAAACAAAAGAGAAUGGUGCCAAUUUUAUCAGGAACAACCUGUGCGACGCAGAGCAGUUGGGCAGAUACGCUAAGUGAAAAUGUCACAUACGUGAAUGUUUCCAGCCCUACAGGUGUCCAUUUCAUGCAGGGAUGGGAAGCCCACAGGUUUCCGCUGGGCCAUAUUGUCCUCACCCCAGACCAAUACAGCCUCUGUGCUGAGUAUACAGAAUGGGGCCCAGAUAUUCCCUGUACCUGGCUAACACCGAGGUGCCCAUUCCAGGCACACAUCCUGUCUCCCGAAAGAGGGGCAGAGGAGCAGCCCAACGUUAUGUGAAGUGCAGGAGGCCCUCACGUUUUGGGGAACAGCCUGGAGGGUUCUUGUGCAUCCUGGACAGUGGCCUAACCCAUCCAUGUGGAAGUCACCCAUGGGAAGCAGGCCAGAGUGGAAGCUUGUGGCAUCCAUUCCACAAGGGGCAGAGUUUUGUGAGUGAAAAGUUCUAGGCACAGUAUAGCAAUUUUAUAUCUCUCUUGUGCAGUAUGGCUUGGGAAAUGCAUAUAAAUGAAGUUACGCUCACGUUCUGCAACUGUGCGGUAAGUAAGCGCCAUGCCAGGAAGUGAAUAACUUUUUAAUUACAUGAGAAAUGUUUAUUAGCCGUGUAUUUCACUGCAAACAAACACACAACCAAUUUAGGUUGAAAACUCUGGGGUAAAUAGUUGUCAGCAUAUUACCGCCAUAU